GGGCGGGGCGUCGCGCAGGGGGAGGGGAGGUGGGCAAGAUGGCGCCUGGCGAUAGUUUCCCUCUGGAUACCUUCAGCGGCCGCUGAGACACUGGGGCUGGGGGUCCUGCCCCCACUGCCGCCCUUCCUCUUCUCCCCCGCCCCCGGAGACCCCUCCUUCCCUUCUUUCCUCUACGUCGGGGGGAGGGGGAGGCGGGCCUGGUUCCCAGGACACCAUGUCGGACUCUGAGGAGGAGAGCCAGGACCGGCAACUCAAAAUCGUCGUGCUGGGGGACGGCACCUCCGGGAAGACCUCCUUGGCUAUGUGUUUUGCUCAAGAAACUUUUGGGAAACAGUACAAACAAACUAUAGGACUGGAUUUCUUUUUGAGAAGGAUAACAUUGCCAGGAAACUUGAAUGUUACUCUUCAAGUUUGGGACAUAGGAGGGCAGACAAUAGGAGGCAAAAUGUUGGAUAAAUAUAUCUAUGGAGCACAGGGAAUCCUCUUGGUAUAUGAUAUUACAAAUUACCAAAGCUUUGAGAAUUUAGAAGACUGGUAUUCUGUGGUGAAGAAAGUGAAUGAGGAGUCAGAAACUCAGCCGCUGAUUGCCUUGGUGGGCAAUAAAAUUGAUUUGGAGCAUAUGCGAACAGUAAAGCCUGAAAAACACUUACGGUUUUGCCAGGAAAAUGGUUUUAGUAGCCACUUUGUCUCAGCAAAGACAGGAGACUCUGUCUUCCUGUGUUUUCAGAAAGUUGCUGCUGAAAUCCUUGGAAUCAAGUUAAACAAAGCAGAAAUAGAACAGUCACAGCAUAUUGUCAGGGCAGAAAUAGUGAAGUACCCGGAAGAAGAUAUUCAACAUAUCAACUCUGCUCAAAGUAGAAUCUGUUCAGUACAGUAGUGCAGCGGGUGGUGAAGGCAGAUAUUGUAAACUACAACCAGGAACCUAUGUCAAGAACUGUUAACCCUCCUAGAAGCUCUAUGUGUGCAGUUCAGUGAGCGUAUUUUUCUUUUGUACUGAUAGUUUUGGCUGCCCUCCGCCUCUGUGUGGGCCCUAGGACCUCUAGGAACUUGUUUUAUCAGUGACCAUCUCUGUAGUUCAGUUAACACUUUCCUCCCAACUUGCUUCAUCAUUAAGUGUUGCCUCACAGCCGCAGGCAGCUCCUUGGACUGGAAAGAAUUCAACUUUGGGACCACACACUUUGAAUUCAAAAUGGAAAGCCCAUUCUAUGGAAUUAGACUGCUUCAUUGAAAAAGAGUAAUGUUGGUUCUCUUUGUGUCCUCACUUCUUUUUUCCCUGAUGUAAAUUUUUUUAAACAAAUAUGAAAACUAUCCAAGGCUUGAUUAUCAGCCAGGAUUUUGCCACAGCACAGUUUCAUUCUCUUAGCUAAACUCAUACAUGGCAAAGUAUGCUUCAGAGUGCAAACAUUUAAACAAGUAAUAUAUUUUAUCUACGGAUACUUAAGAAGGCAUUCUUUUGCUAUCUAUUGUGAGUGAAAAUAUAUAAAGCUGUAUCUAAAUGAAAAUGCUUGAAAUAAAGCUGUAAUAGAAAUAUUUUUUUCAUUUUUUAGGAAAAGGCCUAAAUUGUUUAUACUGUAGCUGUAGCUUACAAAGUAGUAUUUGAUAUUGUAUUUUUAUUACUGUGUCAUGGGCAUUAUGCAUUGUAUAAUAUUCAGGGUAGACGGCUUUAUGAAUUUUGAUAAAUGUUCAGCUGAUGCUCCACAUGGACUUUCUCCUGCAAACUGCUUAAGGGUACUCCCAGAAUGAGUUACGACUAUUGUUGAAUCAUUGUGGAUCAGACUGUACCUGAUGUUCAGAUGUUUUUCUCCUGCAAAUAAAUUUAUUUAAAUUAC